CCGUUUAAGAAACGUUUUGCAACCGAAUCACCCUAAUGAAUACACCUAGGUCUUGGACCAGGGGCCUGAGGUCAAUUUGAGUGGGCACAAUCGAUUGGCUUUUUGAACCUCGACGCGGCUCGUUUUCCCGUCUUUACGUGGCAGCAUUUGCGAGGAAGUUGCGUCCCCCUUCUACUGCUGGCUCCUCCUCCGCAAAUCGGCGGCUGAGCGUUUUGUUCGCUAAUCUAUUUUUCACAUAGCUAGACAGUAGCGAAAAACAACAGUAAUCAUGUUUACUCUCUCGGAGUGUAUGGUCAUUUUAUCUAUGUUAUCCGCCACAGCGUCAGGUUACUUCGUAAGCAUCGACGCUCAUGCAGAAGAGUGUUUCUUUGAACGAGUCAACUCUGGUACCAAGAUGGGCCUCAUGUUUGAGGUGGCCGAAGGAGGUUUCCUAGACAUCGAUGUGGAGAUCACUGGUCCAGAUGGGAAGCAGAUUUACAAAGGAGACCGAGAAUCCAGUGGGAAGUACUCGGUGGCUGCCCAUAUGGAUGGCACAUACAAGUUUUGCUUCAGCAAUAAGAUGUCCACCAUGACACCCAAGAUCGUAAUGUUCACCAUUGACAUUGGAGAGGCCCCCAAGGGAGACGGCAUGGAGACAGAAGCCCACCAGAACAAGCUGGAAGAGAUGAUUAAUGAGCUAGCAGUUGCCAUGACCGCAGUAAAACACGAGCAGGAAUACAUGGAGGUCCGAGAGAGGAUACACAGAGCAAUUAAUGACAACACAAACAGCCGAGUGGUGCUUUGGUCCUUCUUUGAAGCUCUUGUGCUGGUAGCCAUGACCCUUGGACAGAUCUACUACCUGAAGAGAUUUUUCGAAGUGCGGAGAGUUGUGUAAAACAUUUUAUUUUCCCCAAAAAGUAUUUACCAUUCACUUGAGCUAUUAGCCACACCAUACUUCAAAAUUGGAAAUCAAACAUCUGAAAAUACUUUGUCCAAUCUCCUGUUUUUCUGUUCGUGUACUUCAGGCCAUGGUACAUAUGCAUGUUUUUCCACUUGCAGAAAACUGUCUUCGCAUUGACUCCUCAGACUUUGACAUCAAUAGCACUGAAGAGGGUUUUAUUAAUUUUUGAUCAAGGAAGGUUUGAGUAUUUGCACAUUCAAAGCCACCGCCCCAAAAUGCUGGAUGUCAUUUUCUCAUCUUAUAGUUGGGGAUAGAAUGAGUAGGUGGUGGAAAUAUUUUUGCUUUUACAUAGUCGUACCAUCAUCCAGAGCGACAGUGAGUGCAUACAUUUUUUUAUACUGGUCCGCCAUGGGAAUCAAACCCGCAACCCUGCUGUUGCAAGCGCCAUGCUCUACCAACUGAGCCACACUGGACACAUUCCAAGCCCAGUGUUGUAUUUGAUCUGUUAUUCUUUCCAAAUGUGUUUGUUAGACAACUGUUCAGCUUUCUUUUUUUUUUAGGGAGUUCUUGAUAAACAUACUUUUUUUUAACACUUCCUGUGCCAAUCAGUCACAGUAUGCACAUUAAUGGUAAAAAUACAAAGUAAUGGCAUACUUUGUAGUGAUGAUUCUACCUUUUGGGGCAAGGGCAGUACAAAACACCUUGGUAUGGGAUCUGAGCUGUUGCCAGUUUUAAGUAGUCAUUUGAGCAUUUCUAUUUAUCAAAUGAGGACAAUUUCCUACAGACUUCUUUAGUUUAUGAUUUUGGGUACAGAGGGUGAAUAACUAAUCUGAGCCAACACACCUGAGAGAGCUCAGACAAACUAUGGAUGACCCAAGUCCUGUUCAUAAUAAAAAGUCCUUUUCCUUUUGAGAUUUUGA